ACAGGAAAAAAAGCAUUACAUUCACCAAACUCAAACCCAUCCCCCCAAAUCCUGUCUUUUCUAGUCGAUCAAGAUGUUUCCUUUCGAAGCUCUUUCUGUUUUGCCUCUCUUAUUUCUUGUGGAUUUUGCCAACUGCUUAAGCAAUGAAAAUAGCAAAGUUGGAGUUCCUCAAAUCAGCACCAUUCAUGAGCAUCUUGUCGAUUCUGAGAAGACAACCAAUAUUGUGGUUCAUGGAAUCUUGCUUUGGGCUUCAAUGGGAUUCUUGAUGCCUCUUGGAAUACUAAUAAUGAGAAUUUCCACCACAAAGGAUUGCCCCCGCACAAACCACAAAAUCUUGCUCUAUCUUCAUGCUACUUUGCAGGUGCUCUCUCUCCUCUUUGCCACAGCUGCAGCAGUUCUGUCCAUAAGACAAUUCGAGAAUGCUUUCAACAACAUACACCAAAGAAUAGGACUUGCACUCUACGCUGCAAUUUUCGCGCAGAUUUUGAUCAGUUUCCGCAGGCCUAAUCGUGGAACCAGGAGCAGAACAACAUGGUACUUCUUACACUGGAUGCUGGGGACCGCGACGUCCCUUGUGGGCACUUUGAAUAUCUACACAGGAUUAAAUGCAUACCACAAGAAAACCUCAAGAAGCAUAACCCUUUGGAUCAUAAUCUUCACAGCUCAAGUUUGUGUGAUGGCAAUCUUGUACAUGUUUCAGGACAAGUGGGAGUAUAUGCAGAAGCAAGGUAUUAUUACAGCUGCUGAUUCUGGACCAGUGAUUGUUUCAUCAAUGAGUGAUCAUCAUCUUCAGAUGGGCAUUGUCUUGAAUGAUCCUUCAAGAAAAAGUAAUGCACUUGGGACUUACUUUUCAAGAACCAAUGCUCUCAACAAGCUCUUCCAACUGAAAUUGGAGGGAUCACGAAUCGAUUACCGUCUACGCGCCGCUGGCGAUACUCACACGCGCGGACAGGGAGACGCGAUGGGGGAAGAGGAAUCGAAGGCUUCGAAGAAGAGGGUGGUGGAGUCUUUAGGAUGGCUGACGGAAUCAACCAUCAUGCCCCGCAAGCAUCGCGCCAUCGAAGGGGUUGGGGCUUCCUCUGUCUUUGAACUCAAGGCGCAGCUCUACCAAUCCCAGGAGGAAUCCAAGCGGCAGCCAAAGGAUCCAGUCCACUCCGCGGACCAUAAUUACGCGCAACACCUCGAGGUUCACCGAGCCAAGAAGAAGAUCUCCGCGAAUGAUUCAUUUUCCGCUAAGAACUCCGGCGUCGACGCCCGUGCCGCCAAGGAUAAACUUGAGCUAAAAGCUGUCAAAGAUGGGUCGGCAAGCUAUGCUGCAUUGGAGAGAAAAGCAGAAUUGUAUGAUAAACUGAUGAGAGGAGAGCUAUCUGACGAAGAAGAUCAAGAGAAGUAUUGUGUCGAUUUCUUCAGAAAGGGUAUAGAGCAGAGCGAAUCCCCAAUGCCACAAACAAGUGAUACAUCUGCACGAGAAGAACCACGGACAGAUGCAGAUGAUGGAGAUGAUUUACAAGUAAAUAAUACAAAAGCAGCUGGACUCGGACGGGGGUCUGCUACAAUGGACAGGGGGCAACACAAGCAUUUAGUAAUGGAGGUUCACGAAGAAGUAAAUCUAGCUAGGGAAAAAGCUUCGGAGCUCAAAAUACGCAGACAGGAGCAGCUCGCUGCACGAAGGGAGAAAUUGAAGCAAGCCUACCUCCGAAAGCAACUUGAGAAGAUGAAAGCUUCUAAAGAAGAAGCCCAAACUGAAGUUGGAGCUGAAUAAUUUGGUUGUUGGUAUACUGUAAAAUGUUCUUGCUGCUAUUAACACAGGUUUCUUGCAACUGCAUUGUUGAUCUUGAUUAGAUUGGGUUCUUGUGAUUGAAUUACCGCUCAUUGAGUGGCUAUUUUGUGUUAAGAGUCUUGAUUUAAUACUAGAUUCUCAAUAGAGGGCAAAUUAAUGUCCAACAAGGCUACAUGUCGAUUUUAAGCAUACAUCUGUAUCGACGCUUAUAUUUCAAUUCUGAAUAUAUAUGUAGACGGGGUAAGUCUCAGCACAUUACUGAUUUAA